UCAGAAUAUGAUCAUGCUUUCAUCGGUCGUUGUACGAUAACAAAAAAUAAUAAUAUUAUUUACAAAUUAUCGUUUUUGCAGGUUUUAUUUUUGUUAUCUUGUUCGUUAUAUUUGCUUACACAAUAUUAAUUUUUUCGUACAUUUUAUCAAGUGAAAAUAUUGUUUACAAUAAAUUAUUUUAUUUUAAUGCUUAUUGUGCAUUCAAUUGAUAUAUAUCAAUGUUGCAAUAGUUUUAAUGUGAUGAACUUAAUAGAAUUGACACUUAUGCUACUUUUAAAUAAAUAAUUCUAGUUGAAACUUUGAAGUUAUUUAAAUAUGCCUUCAGAAACAGCUAUUCAAACUUUGGUAAACUCUGUAGGAAAUAAAGAAAAUUCUAAUGUUGAAAAUCCUUCCUUGAGUGAUGAUAACAGCUGUGAAACUAAUGAGCAGACAAAAGUGGAGACAAAUAUGUGUUUAAAUUUAAAGCGAGCUCUAGACAAUAAGUCAUUAGAAGUUGGAAAUAGCAAAAAAGUAAAACUCACUUGUAAUAGUAAUGAUUCAAAAUCAAUUGAUGAAAUUAUUUUGAAUGAUGAUAGUAAUGAAAGUACUGAUAAUUUAGAUAAUUCUACAAAUAAUUUGUGCCAAACUGCCAGCAUAGAAGAAAUAAAUAGUAUUAAGACAUCUGAUGUAUCUAAUGAAAAUUCUAUUAAUGGUGUUUUAAAUUCUAUAUGCAAUAAUAAUGAUUUUAAUAAUACUUUAGAUUCUAAUAUUAAAAUAGAUUGUCAAAAUUCAAAUCAAUCUGACUCAGAUGUAACUGAUUCAAUAAAUAAUCAUAAUUGUUCUAUUAUAAAUGAUAAAAAAAAACAGUCAGAGGGAAAUGAAAGUUGUAUGCAAAAUAAAUCUAAACUACCCAGUACCAACACAAAAAAUGUAAACAAUAAAAAUAAACAUAUUGAUAAUAAUGAAACAAUUGAAUGUAAACACUCUGAAAAGAAUAAAUUAUCAAAUACCAAAGAUAAUUUAGAUUGUAUUGAAGAGCCAGAAACAAGAGACUCAGAUGUAGAAAUGAUAGAAGAAAUAAUUUAUGAACAAAAUGAAAACAAUGAUCCAAAACCGUCCAAAAUAAAUGAAAAGGAAAGUAUUAGCAAAAUACCUUCCUUGAAUAGCGUUGAUAAAAAUAAAAAGAAAAACACAGCAAGUAAUUGUAAUGUGGCAGAAAAAGAAGUUUCUAAUAAUACAAAUGUAUUAGAUAAUGAUUGUGAAGUUAUUCUUGAAUCUGAUAUGGAAAGUGAUCAAUCUGAUGAUAGUAAUACAAUUGAAUCAGUAAUUAAAGGAAAUACAAAAUUAAGUAAAGAAAAUUUUCCUGCAUUGCUGAAAUUUUUCAGUAGAAAAAAAUUAACAUUUGAACAAUUUGAAAGCCUAUGUUCCCAAAAAAUUGCUGAAAAUAUUACUGAAAAAAAUAAAAUGGGUAAAGAACGGUCUGAAAUUCAUUUACUAAUGCAGAGAGAAAAAAUUUGGCGAAUGAAAUAUGAAUCAUUAGCUAAACAAGUGAAAGAGUUAAGAACCAUUAUUAAUAAACACAAAGCCGAUUUAAGAGUUAAUGAAAAUGCAAAACCACAUAUAAUUACACGAACUGUGGGAUUGCAAGCUAUUUUAUGUCCUAAGGAGUGCUUACGAUUACCUAAAAGAUUAAUGCCAUUGCAAGUAAACAAUAAAAAUGGUGACAACAUAAUUGAUGAUGAUGUUAUUGCAUUAACAGAUACUUCUACUGCAACAUCUUCAACACAAAUAAUAUUGAAGCCAUCACCUGUAAAGGUACUAAAUUCAUCAAUUAAGGUUAAAUCAACUCAGGUAUUGGUUGCUAAAGAUGUUCCACCAUCACUGCCUUUGAACUGCACCAAUAAUAAUGCUAGUACCAUAGAUUUAACUGAUAAUGAUGAUGUAAAUGACGUAUCAAAUAAUUUAGCAGUACAACAGCAAAUAUCACCAGUUAAAAUCUUACGAAGGUCUGGGGUGAAUAAAGUUGUUCUACCAUCAUCACCUACAGGAAACAUAAACCGAAAUUCAUCACAAGUUGUACCUAAAACUGUUGCUUAUAUUGGAAUACCAACAAGUACUAAUUUUAUUGUCAAAACAACUGCCGCAUCAGGUACACAGUUAACUAGUGUUAAAAAAUUGACCACAACUAAUCCUAAUUCACCUAAAAGUGUUCGGCCAUUCCUACUCAAAAAUGGAAAAAUGAUUCCUCUACAAAUUUCAUCAGUGAAUUCACGGCAAUUGCCACCUACUGCUGUUCCUUUAAGUACAUGUAAAAUUCAACAAUCUAAAGUAAACCAAAUUCAGAUUCAAGUACCAACAACAUUAUCUGAAGUAUCCAUCAAACACCCUGCACCAUUACCAGAAGUUCCUAAUCAGAGACACUUACCUUCUUGGAAAAAACUUCCUCCAUCACCUAAGCUUAAUAUUACUAAAACUCCUGAAAAUCAGACACCUAAAGGACUCGUAUUGUCAUGGAAUCUUAUUAUUAAUAAAGCACAUGCAGAAAUAACAAAUUAUCAAAUUUAUGCUUAUCAAGAAACUACUGAACCACCAAAAGAAGAUCUUUGGAAGAAGAUUGGUGAGGUAAAUGCACUUCCACUACCAAUGGCUUGUUCUCUUACUCAAUUUAUGCAAGGUCAAAAAUACCAUUUUGCAGUUCGAGCAGUGGAUGUUUAUACUAGAGUUGGUCCAUUCAGUGCACCACAAAGUGUGCAUCUAACUUAAAUUUUGCUUAUUUUAUUAACUUAUUGACUUAUAGUAUUAAAUUGUAAAUAAGGAUUGUAAAAUACUAUUAAUUUUAAUUACAAAAUAGUAGUAAUGAUGUAUUUUUUUUUUGUAUGUAUAUGUAGUAUAUUGUAAAUUUCAUAUUUUA